GCAGUUUUGGCGGCUCGGUUUAUUCCCAAAAACAGCACACCAUGGCGACAGCACGAGGAGGUGGACUAGCACAGCAGCGUGAUUAUCGUCCUCUCGAGGACCGCAUGAUCGGCCCUCCUGCUGGUCCUGGAAAGGGGCAGUGUCUUUUGGACAGAAAUCUCGUUUCAUCCUCGGCACCACGUGGACUUGAACAUGAUAAACAACAACACAUCAAUGGAGGAGGUGGACCUAAAGAACACAAUGGACCUAAAGAACACAAGUUGCGCGACUUGUCAUCUGCUGAUGAAGAUAACUAUCCGGAUCCGUCGCGUGGUCCUCCACGACCAGAGGAGCACCACUACAGCACGACAGUCGCCCACGAGAGCGAGAAAUCCAACGGGGGUGGUGGAGGUGAUCACCUCAUCUCUCAACCGAGAUCAUCCGACCACGUCUCCUCGUCGCCAGAGGAGCGCACGACCUCCGUCGAAACUGGCAUCGCGCGGGGUAAGAGCGCCUCGUCCAGGAGUACGCACAACAAGGGGAUGCACACUCAUCUCCCAAAAGGCAGUCCCAAAGGUCCGAAAGGCACCAAUGUUAAGGCCACAAGAAAUCCAUCUCCACUGUUCUCAUCUUGGUCCCGUUUUUAAAGGGAGAAGGAGACCACGCAAGAUGCUGCUGAAGAUGGAUUGCUCCUAUUUCUAACAAUGGCAACAUUCCAGGAGGUCCAGGCCCGGCCCCGGCGAUUGCGUCCUCCAGUCCCGACCAUGCACCUAGAUCCUCAUACGAUGACGAUGCUCUUGAUCGUGUCGCGGCGCGGCAACAUCAUGGGAACAAUAUAUACAAGAAAAGCGCUAGUAAAGGGCAACAGCAGCAGGCUUUCUCUUUGAGUGCAGCGAGUUCGCGAUUACAUUCGAAGAAUGGUCAACAUCAACAGAAUGGUGGAAAACAUCAAGAUAUUAGAGCCCCUACAGGAGCAACUCCAUCUCCAUCUGCACAUGGUGGAAAACGUCAAGAUAUUAGAGCUCUUACAGGAGCAGCUCCAUCUUCACAUCACGGCGGUGGAGGUCGGAACCGCCUUCCUACCCACUAUGCUGCUGCCGAUGAUCCGGUUGUUCCCCGAGUAAAUAAUCAAGAAGUCUCAGGCGACUUCUUGGGCGUCACCCGUGCAAACGCUGUUGGCAGUGCAAACGGCGCUCCGAAUGGAGGCGCAGCUGCUCCACGGUAUGGGUAUCAUGCAAACGACGCUCUUCAGCCUCCGCCUCCUCAUCUUAGAUCAUCCAGCCCGAGCCGGAGCAGAAACAACUUCGGAGCCAGCAGCGUAGCUGCAAGUUCCCAGGUUGCGGACGUGAUUCACAGCUUGCCAGCGGAGCUGCUGCAGCAAUUUCCGGCCCAGCUCCUCGAGAAUAUACCAGAGCCACUGAUCAGAGAGUUUCGUUUCAACGAACCUCGCACGACAUUUGCGAGUCAG